AUGAAUGCAUUUGCUGAUGGAUACAUGAACUCAAAGACAACUUUAAAGCAAUUUGUUGAACAAUAUGAUAAUGCCUUGAGAAGUAAGGUCGAGAAAGAGAUGAAAGCAGACUUUAAAUCUCGAAACAAAUUGUAUGAUUGCCUAAUGAUAUAUGAGUUUGAGAAGCAAUUUUGUACAGCCUACACGAAUACAAAAUUUAAAGAAAUGCAAGUAGAAUUGGAGCGACUAUUGUAUUGUCGUGUGAAGCUUGUGAAAGAAGAGGGAGCAAUUUGUACUUAUCAUGCCAAUGAGGCUGUUCUUGUUUGUGAGAAAAUGAAGACAGUGGAAUUUGUUGUAUACUUUAAUGCAAGUGAAUGUGAAAUGCAAUGUAUGUGUUGGUGGUUUGAGUUUAGGGGCAUUAUGUGUGCCCAUGCAAUUACUGUGCUACUUGAGCGGUGCAUAUAUCAGGUUCUAGAUAAAUACAUUGUAUCAAGAUGGAUAAAAGAUAUCGAAAGAGGCUACACAUGCAUUCUAACCACAUGCACUAAAGCCGGGGUUGUUGUUAAUGCAAAGUUGCAUGAUAAAUACCACAAGAUGUUGGAUGAAAUCCUAGAAAUUGCUGCUAAUGAUAAUGGUAAACACGAAGUGCUUGAUCUUGGGUUGAUAGAAAUAAAGGAUAGAGUGAGAAAAGAUCAAUCAGGUAGUGCGAGUCAUGUGCCACCUUCUACUAGUAACGUGCCACCUUCUACUAGUAAUGCACCAACUUUUCAUAGUUCGUCAAAAAGUCCGUCUGCUCGUAGUACUACAAAAGCAAGUAUGUCUCGCAAGAUGCUUAGUCCUAUGCUUGCUCACUAA